AUGGCGCAGGACGGCCUCCGGUGGGACGAAGGUGGUGCCGCAAUGGCAACCGCGCUUCCAUUCGUCAGCUCGUGUUCGGCCGCUGCCGGACCGCACAUCCUGGUGUGCGACGUGCUCACCAAUACGACCACGUCUGAGCCGCGCCUCGGCCCCUGUGUCAGCCUGGCCUGGCUCAUGGCCGCUCACGAUUCGGACCCCCUGGCGCUUCCAGGGACGGGGCGAAAGCCAGUGCCGUCCGCUUUCGGCCUCCUCGCUUGGGAGCCGACUCCACCGUCAAGCGAGGCGGAAGAAAUUUUGAAAAGAGAAAGGGACUACGUUCACUUAACCGAAGCUUACGAGCCGGAGCUGGAGAGAACGUCCCGCCUAUUCAACACCAUCGUGAUUCGGCUUAGACAAGAGGAGUUGCUACUUGCCUACCCUAUGAAAUACGUGGCGAAUGUCAACGGAAAAGUCACAGAGAAGGUCGUGGUACAUGAUUCAUGUGACUUGACCGUUUGCGCCGGAUACGUAGAGCAGAAGAUGGCUCCUAAGGGUUACUGCUGCGGCUGCGAUGAUGACCAAAAUUGUACCAUUCACUGCUUACAGUACAGCCCCGUUUGGUAUACCAUGUCUCUCCUUGGACCCCCCAUCAUCAAGCAAGAAAUGUAUGUGGAACUGUUCGUCCAGAGGGACCGCGCCAGGCUACCGGAGCGAUGGCGCACUUUCUCGGAAUACCCAGAGGAACUAAUGCUGAGUGCCGAUCACCCUGAAGACGUCAACAGCGAGAAGACGCACCCAUUUUGUGUACGAGUACAGCAACUUCCAGGUUUGCAGUUUUUCGCGCUGAGUCUCGGCGAGUUUUUGUCCGAAAAGGCAGCAGAGUCGGCGUUUGUGCUGAAGGACUACCGGAAGUUGCGCGUUCUUGUGCCCUUCCCGCCAGUAGGAGUCCCUGUCGAAAAUUUUGCAUCUAUUUACACUAAGGGGUCGGACAGUAUAAUGCUUAUUCCGAGCAACUUGACAAAGCCUGCUGACGUCAUGGAGUGCAUAAACAAAUCUUUGGCCAACGCAACGAAGCACUGCCAUCCACAGCAUCAAAAGUGUCUCGAGGGCGAGCCUUAUGAUAUUUUCCUCGACGAAGAGCGAAAAUCGGCAUCCGGUGAGGGUCCUUCACCGCUCCUGCUGAGCUACUUCAAGGAUAAGCUACCAGAAUCGCCCAUUCUCUUCAACGAGACAACUGGUGAAGGGUUUCUCAGUUUUAUCUACGAGCACCCGCAUCUGAGCCUCAUUCUUCUCGAGAUCAACGCUGAUGAUAUAGUCCUACUCAGACAAGGCACAAAAGGCCGGAUCAACGUGGUGUCGGCUCACAGUAGCGACUCCGGUUCCUUGGUUCGCAUCGAGGUGACAAACCUAGGCGAGCUGGCCACCAUCUUCAGUGCACAAGUUACCCAGUGUAGUCAUGGUGUGGCCAACAGCGACACUGACGCGGGCCUGGUAACGCCGCAGAGAACUCUACUUCUCCUCACGUCUGUGCACUUUGGUGCUCUUGAUAUACGCGAUGACCUUAAAUGCAUGGUGGAACUCCACGAUUCCGAGUAUGGAAUGAUUGCGUCACGAUCCGUGAUCCUGAGGCCUGGCAAACAGUGCAUCUGCUACCUCUCCUGCGAAUGCAGCUGUGGGAACGAGAGCCUGUCGUGCCACUUAAUCACCGAGUUGGAUGCACUCAAGGCGGGGCUCUACAAGAGCCGCACGACACGCUCCAGUGACCGCAAGACCUCCCGUGACCGCGUAGUCCAGUUUAUCAUGUACUGCUUCCUGACUACCCUUGGUGCAGGGUUUCUGAAGGGAUGCCUCGGGGUCGUCGGCUGUGCAAGAGUUGGCCAAUAUGGCCUGCACUCGUGUGUCUAUGGCAGAGGCCACUUGAAGCAGUACUACGAGCCAGAACUCUCGAAGUAUACUGUGCAGCACGACAACGAAGGGUACCCCAUACAUCCUAAGACAAAGCUUCGUACAAGAGUAAUCAGCUACUGCACAGAGUUCUUCCUCAACGUGGUUUUCUUCUUCAUCUGGCCUGUACUGCUGUACAGCCGAACAGACAGUCGGGGGACGCCACCUAAGUAUGAGCUUCUCGACAGCAACAGCAGCAGUCUUGAGGAUGACUCGGGUCGCAUUACUCAUCCAAAGAGUGAAGUCAUUAUACCGGUACAAUUGUCGAACGGUCGCAGAACGCGUUUUAAGACGUAG